CCGUGCAUGGAUGGAUUCGGGAAAUGCCGUUGACCAUGAUAGUUGAUUUAUUUAUGUGUGUAUGGCCAUUGAAAGUUUGAAGCUCAGAGCUCAAGAUUUUGACCUGAUAACCCCACAAGUUCGAGGCACGCAGACAAUUAAUCGAAUCUACUGGUGUCCUUACCUAGUAGUAUUAAUCUUCUUCUUCAAUACCUACCUACCGACUCAAAUAUGCCUCCAGUACCGCAACCUCAAGGCCAUCCCGGUGGCCAGACCAUCUGGAACAAACGUAUGACGAUCGAUCACUUUCCCCCUCUACUUUGGACUUAUACUGAUCGUGCUUCACAGUCCAGAUGGGCGCUAUGAUGGGUGGCAGUAUGCGACAAUGAUCUCGUCCAUAGAAAUAAGUUACUGACCAUAUUUAACAACAGCUGUUGGUGCUAUCUUGGGAUUUAUGUAUGGUAUGUUGAAGCUGCUGCAGGCAUCAUGAACUUCCAUUUUGACAAGAUUAAAGGCACACUCACCAUCAUUAAAUUUGGUCCUGGUCCAAAUGGAGUCUGGAGGACUCUACGCACAUAUAUGCUCACUUCAGGAUCUACUUUCGGGUAAUCAUUAUUAUUCCUCUCUCCAAAUCAACAUCAACGUGCUAAUAAGUUGCCAUCAGAUUCUUCAUGGCAAUUGGAAGUACCAUUCGUUCCGACAGUAUUGCAUCUCCAGAAACAUUAGCAGCAUUUGAUCGUGCGAACCGGCGUCCUCUUAUUAUGAAUCGCCCUUACCGUCCUUCGCCAACAUCAUAGCCGGGCAUGCGCCAUUAUGGGGUGAAGGGAAGCACGUCUACCUUGGGAGCAGAUGGAAACCGGCGAAUGCUUUGUAAUUUCAUGGCAUAUGUUUAUACGCAAUUGGUAAAUGCAUGUGGAAUGUUGGAUUUUGGUGUCUCGCUGCUCAUUCUUUGCAUGUGGGUGGAGUUGAAAGGGGUCAAUAUGUAUCAACAAAAUUUUCCCGAAGGCUCUUGUUUAGGCCUCUGAUGGGAUCGAUUCCACAAUACUCGAAUCAUACUACUUUAUCAUGGAUUUUGGGUGUUAUGCGAUCUUGAUUUAGGGGUUGUUACAACGUCUUCGGGUCUUUGUUGACCACCAGUAUGAGGUUGUUAUAUAAUGUUCGUGUUUUAUAUCGCUACCUCAAUUAUCCGCAAUGAACAACCGCACGAGUGUCCUCUACGUUUUGUUUCCUUUGCGUG